AUGUCUGCAAAAAAGGCAGAAGGUAUAGGAGGCAAGAAGCCAGCUUCGGCGGCUACAAACUUAAUUGCCGGAGGAACAGCAGGCAUGAUGGAAGCUCUCGUAUGCCAUCCCCUCGAUACAAUCAAAGUACGAAUGCAGCUCUCCAGGAGAGCGCGCGCCCCAGGCGUCAAGAAGCGCGGUUUCGUCGCAACAGGCGCAGAGAUUGUGAAGAAGGAAACCCCGUUGGGUUUAUACAAGGGUCUGGGAGCCGUUGUGACGGGUAUUGUGCCGAAGAUGGCGAUUCGGUUUACGAGUUUCGAGGCGUAUAAGAAGCUGCUUGCGAACAAGGAGACUGGGCUUGUAUCUGCACAAGCUACGUUUUUGGCUGGUCUCUGCGCCGGUGUAACCGAAGCCGUCGCAGUCGUAACGCCCAUGGAAGUAAUAAAAAUCCGCCUGCAAGCCCAACACCACAGCAUGGCCGACCCCCUCGACAUCCCCAAAUACCGCAACGCAGCGCACGCGCUCUACACGGUCGUAAAAGAAGAAGGCAUCUCCGCUCUGUACCGCGGAGUAUCCCUCACCGCCCUUCGCCAGGGAAGUAACCAAGCGGUAAACUUCACCGCGUACACGGAAUUCAAAGAGAUCCUGCAGCGCUGGCAACCGGCGUAUGCGGACGCGCCGCUGCCCAGUUACCAGACGACGCUGAUAGGUCUGGUGAGUGGCGCCAUGGGGCCCCUGAGUAAUGCGCCCAUUGAUACUAUCAAGACGCGCUUGCAGAAGACGCCGGGGGUGCCCGGGGAGACGGCAGUUAGUCGCAUUAGGGCGAUUGCGGGGGAUAUGUUUAAACAAGAAGGAUUCCACGCCUUUUACAAGGGCAUUACGCCACGCAUCAUGCGUGUAGCGCCCGGCCAAGCGGUGACGUUUACGGUGUAUGAGUAUCUGAAGGAGAAGUUGGAGAAUAGUACGAUGCCGAUUGUGGGGGGAAAGUAUGAGGAGUAG